AGGGCUAUCGAAGGGAUGGCCUGCAUUGCUCUCCUCUCCCUGAGCAGCAGCAUCUCGCCUUUGAAAUUCCCUUGCCUGCAGCUCGGGCUGUCCUUUUGGGAAAGUUAAUUCUACCGAGCUCAUUGUUGUGGAUGCCGGGUCUCGCUCAGAGUUGUAUUAAUUUGUAGGAGGGGAGGGGAAGCGUGGCGCUUUUAGCUUCGUUCGGUGGAAAGCAUCGUUGUGGAAGGUCAAGGAGGGGGAGGUUGAGAAUGGAAUGACGCGGGGGAGUUAGUGAGAGUGAGAAUUGGCGUUGGAUGUUGAGUUUGUAGAAUAGCUUUGAGAGGGGAGACAAGGGGAUCGUUUGCGAGGGGAAAGGGGUUUUUGUUGGUGGCGAGGAGUUAGUUGUGGGAAGAGAGGGGGACUCGUAGAAAUGGCACCGAUGGUGCUUCUCCUGAAUGCUACCAAGGUGGCGGGCCUAGUGGGCGCAAUUACGGUGGUUGCUAAUGCGUUAACGUUUCGGCACUUCCAUCGUAAAAAUAUAGCCCCGUUCCCAGACCCGGUGGACGAGUCGAAGGAAGUCCUGGCCGAGUUUCCUAUUGACAAAGAAGUUGAGGAUGGAGGCUUCUUCUUUGCACUUGCAACAGCACCGGCUCAUGUGGAAGACAAACUAGAUGAUGCUUGGCUGGAAUUUGCAAGAGCUGGUGAGCCCAAAGACAACCCUGCAGGAGAUCCGCCCGAGACCCGUACUGGUGAAAAAGAUUCUGCCGCAUCGUAUUCUGGAAUUUCGCUGACUGAAGAAGCGCAGGCUGAAGAUAUUAAGAAAGGUACAAAGGACUCGGUUUCAGUUUCGGGUGAGAAAAAUGUUUCGAGCGACGAGAUUUCGGAUGUGGUGCAAUCUUCUCAAGAAAAUGUAGAUUCAGGAGAAAAAGGUUCCAGUGAAAAUCCAAAUAUUAUUAGGACUGAACGGGUUUCUAGUGAAGGUGGAAAUGGAAAAAAUGGUGAUGGGCUAGGUGGUGAAUGGGAGGUUGUAUCUGAGAAAUACAAGUCAGACACUGAUUCCGAGAAGACUGAUAAGAGCCCUAGCAAACUAGAACAAGCUUCCAAGGUUGUGGAAGAAACUUUCAAAGAUGGUCGCAAACAAAUUUCAGAAGAGGAAAGGCUCGAGACCAUGAGUAAAGAAUUAAACCCCGAGGCUCCCAAGAAGCCUCGACGUGUUGGCUUUCAUAGCAAAAAUACAGCGGAACCCAGUCUCAUGAAUGUUCCUCGUAGAGCAAAGAAGUUUGCAAAAUUGUCAAUGGAAGCUAUGAUUCGAGGUUUUGAGAAGUUUACUGAAGAAGAAGCCAUACAUAACGUGGCUGCAUGGCACAACGCAAUCAACCCUGAGGAAAGGUUGCGGUUCUGGACACAACCCGACACAGAGAUUAAGCUCGCUCAAGGUACACAUUCGAAAGUAUUUCGAAUGGGUGUUGAUUGGAGUCGAAUCAUGCCCAUCGAACCUGUCGAUGGUCUUGAAAAUUCGGUGAAUUGGGCAGCUGUAGAUCGGUAUCGGUAUAUCAUUCAAAGAGUAUUGGACCACGGCAUGAAAGUGAUGCUGACCCUCUUCCAUCACUCCCUUCCUCAAUGGGCAUCAAAGUAUGGUGGAUGGAAGGACCCUAAGACUAUCAAGUACUUCCUAGAUUUUACAAGGUUAGUUGUGGAUAAUUAUGGAGACCUUGUUGACUACUGGAUUACCUUCAAUGAGCCCCAUGUAUUUGCUAUGCUCACCUACUGCGCUGGUGCAUGGCCAGGAGGAGAUCCUGACAUGCUGGAGACAGUCACAGCUGCAAUGCCAAGAGGAGUGUUCAAGGUCGUCAUGCAGGCCAUGGCUGAUGCUCACAUUGACGCUUAUGAUAUCAUCCAUGGCAGCAGUAAAUCCAGGAAGCCCGCAAGAGUAGGCAUAUCACAUCAUGUGUCCUUCAUGCGACCAUAUGGGUUGUUCGACACGCCUCUGGUGGUCUUCAGCAAUUGGAUGACACGAUUUGCUUACUGUGAUGAUGUGGCACACAAGUGUGACUUUAUGGGCAUUAACUAUUAUGGUCAGGAGGUAGUCUCAGCUCCAGGUCUGAAAAACGUGGAGAAUGAUGAAUACAGCGAAUCCGGACGGGGUGUCUAUCCGGAUGGAUUGUACAGAAUGUUGAUCGAGUUUCAUGAGCGCUACAAAAAGCACGAUAUGAAAUUCAUUAUUACUGAAAACGGCGUUUCAGACGCCACUGACUACAUUCGUCGACCAUAUAUCAUUGAGCAUCUGCUUGCGGUUCGAGCAGCGAUGGAUAAGGGUGUACGUGUUCAAGGUUACUGCUUCUGGACAAUCUCAGACAACUGGGAGUGGGCUGAUGGGUAUGGUCCAAAGUUUGGUUUGUGUGCUGUGGAUCGACACAAAGACCUCGCUCGUCAUCCUCGUCCUUCCUAUGAUCUAUAUACAGAGGUGUCAAAAACCGGAAAGGUAACGAAGUCGCAGCGGCAAGCUGUAUGGGAAGAUCUUCAGGAGCAAGCUAGGCAGGGCAAGACGAGACCAUUUUGUCGAGAAACCAACGAUCAAGGCCUUAUGUUUGCAGGGGGUCUGGAUGUGCCGAUGGAUCGACCAUUCGCGGUCCGAGACUGGCGCUUUGGAAAGUAUGAAAUGGAAGGUCUGCAAGACCCGUUGAGCUCAUUUACUCGGUACUUGCGAGAAGGGGCUAUCUUCAGGAAGAAGAAGAAGAGCAGACAACAGAACAAAUCAACCUCAAACCCAGCUCUCACUGCGUAGAUCCAGAAGAAUUCUCUAUGUACAGCUUAACAUCACCUGUACGAAUUUCUUUUCAAUUGGUUAUGAACAUUGAGGCUACGGAACAUGAUCUGUCCUAAUAUUUAUCGCUAUGAACUCUGCCUGUAAAUGUUAUAUGUUUCUGUACAUUUGUAACUUAUAAUGCUCGUAGAGUUGCUUGAGUUGCAACUCCGUAAUCAAGGAGGCUCUUGGUUUGGAAAAUAAAACUCAGGACCUUGGCGACGAAUGUGAUGUUGAGUCCUCGUCAGAGGUCUGGGUUAGGAAGCAUUGAUUUGGAAAGCUGAUCAUGAUGUUUUGAACCAAGUGUUGGCCAAUUAUAGCGUGUUUGUGAACUACCUAGAUAUCCGACUUCCUAGGGAUGGAGCGAACUGACCCGUUAUUGUUUGUACAUUUUUACCUCAUUUAACUUGUUAAUUUGUGGUGGAUC